CUUCAGAGGAAGUUGGUGGUUUGAAACGCAGCGAUGGUUUGGACUCACGCAGGCCCGAUGCUGGCGAGCCUGUUGCUCGUCUCCCUGUGCGCAGGAGCAGCGGCCAUGUUUGACAGCAGGCUGGACGUCCACUGGGAGCUGUGGAAGAAGACGCACGGCAAGAAUUACCAGAAUGAAGAGGAGAACGUGCGCCGCAGGGGCUUGUGGGAAAAGAGCCUGAUGCUUAUCACUACACACAACCUGGAGGCCUCGAUGGGACUUCACACCUACGAUCUGGGCAUGAACUUCAUGGGAGACCUGACAGCGGAUGAGAUCUUGCAGUCCUUUGCAACCCUCACUCCCCCCACUAACCUCCAGAGGACGCCAUCUCCCUUCACAGGGGCCUCGGGCUCCAGCGCACCAGACACCGUGGACUGGAGAGAGAAGGGCAGUGUCACUAGGGUCAAAAUGCAGGGUUCCUGUGGCUCCUGCUGGGCCUUCAGUGCUGCCGGGGCCCUGGAGGGUCAGCUGGCCAUAAAAACCGGAAAGCUCAUCGACCUCAGUCCCCAAAACCUCGUGGACUGUUCCACGAAGUACGGCAACCACGGCUGCAACGGGGGCUUCAUGCACCACGCCUUCCAAUACGUCAUCGACAACCAGGGCAUCGACACUGACGCUUCAUACCCGUACACCGCGCAGCAACAAGACUGCCGCUACAACCCUGCGUAUCGAACAGCGAACUGCUCCCGGUACGCCUUCCUGCCUGAGGGGGACGAGGCGGCUCUGAUGGAAGGGAUUUCCAAUAUCGGACCCAUUGCAGUGGCGAUUGAUGCCACGCGGCCCCGAUUUGCUUUCUACAAGAACGGAGUUUACAAUGACCCCACCUGCACCCAGAACGUUAACCAUGCAGUCUUGACUGUGGGCUACGGUACUCUGAAUAAUCAGGAUUAUUGGCUGGUAAAGAACAGUUGGGGAACUACAUUUGGAGAUGAGGGCUACAUCCGGAUGGCGCGCAAUCAGAAAAACCAGUGUGGCAUCGCUCUGUACGGGUGUUACCCCAUCAUGUAGCUGCAGCGGGAACUGAUCUGCGUCACGCGCAAGAUUAACAAUCUAAAUCAUCUA